UUUAUUUGUUGAUUUGACACUUGACAGAGGUCUAUGUGAAAAUGUCUGUAAUAUUUCAAACAUUAAGAAAUAAAGGAAAAACAUACUUAUUUAAAAAAAUAAUUAAUUCAACCCAAUCUACAUGUAAAUGCUUUCAAUUUAGAAAAUCUUCAGAUACUCCGAAGAAAUUCAUAUCGUUUGAGGAGGUUGUGGCCCAGAGGAGAGCUGAAGCCAAGCGUAGUAUCGUCGUGCAAGUGAACUCGGAGGCCUCGUUUAGUGAAUUAUAUGGUUACUGUUCAGAAUAUGCUGCUAUCAAUGGGAUACACCACUACAAAAAUUCAGCGGGAGAGAAUUUCAUGCUUAUUGAGUUCAAAUCAGAAGAAGACUUGAAGGAGGUGCUAAAAUCAUGUACCACUCACCAAAAGGAUAUGGACGUGAUGGCUCUCAACUCGCCGUUCCUCUGGUUCCGAGCAGCAAAAGGUCCAAAGACAAAAUACCUACAACCUAGUAUAAAGUUGGCAUCUGUAAAUGGAAUAGACAAAAUUGAUGAAGAUAAACUCUUUAAAGAGCUAGUGGAUUGUGAAACAGUAUCUGAUCAGAUACAGUUGUUGUAUGAUAGAACUACGUUAAAUGAUCUGGGUGCUAGGUUAAGAUAUAUGGUUGCUAGACAGAUUGAAAGUGUUCUUAAGAGCCUGUAUGCCAACAUAGCUGUGAGACCUUUUGGAUCAUCCGUAAAUGGUUUUGGCAAGAUGGGAUGUGAUUUGGACCUAGUAUUGACAAACAUAGUAAAUGAAGACACGUGCUUGCAGGCAGGCGCGCGGCUGGUGUACCAGGCGGCGGGCGGCGCGGGCGCGGCGCGGCACGUGGGCGCGGCGGCGGACGCGCUGGAGCUGCGCGCGGCGGGCGCGGCGCGCGUCACGCGCAUCCCGCACGCGCGCGUGCCCAUCGUCAAGUUCGCGCACACCUACACCGACCUCGACUGCGACCUCUGCUACAAUAACAUGUCGGGCGUGUACAUGUCAGAGCUGCUGUGGCAGCUAGGUUCACUGGACGUGCGAGUGCGGCCGCUGACGGUGCUGGUGCGCGCGUGGGCGCGGGCGGCGCGGCUCACGCAGCCGCACCCGGGCCGGUGGAUCACCAACUUCCCCCUCACCCUCAUGGUGCUGUUCUUCCUGCAGCAGAAGACUAGUGAUGGCUUCGUGCUGCCCACGCUCAAGAACCUUGUUAAACGUGCCGGCACAGAAGACAUCAGAGUAGCGGAAGAUAAUCUCAACUGUACAUUCCUGCGCGAUAUGAACAAACUCCCCGCCGACUGCUACGGACAGAGCACCGCUAGCUUGCAGACAUUAUUGCUGCAGUUCUUCGAGUUCUACUCGCAGUUCAACUUCCAGGACAAGGCCAUAUCCAUCAACGAAGGCGCUCCCGUCAGGAAACCCAACUCACUACCACUCUACAUUAUCAAUCCUUUAGAACAAGCGCUAAACGUCAGCAGAAAUGUCAGUUUCGAGGAAUGCGAGCGGCUCAUAACGGAGGUGAGGAAUGCCGCGUGGCAGCUCGACGCCGGCCUCGACCGACAGAAGGGAGAAGAUUGGGGCAUCCUCGCGCUCUUAGAGCAGAGGAGCACGCGGGGGCUGAAGAAAUUACUGCGAGUCGGGAACUCGCACCGGCUGGUGUCCGUCAAAGACUUGUUCAACGACUCCGAUACCAGAGUACCCCAGGACACUCUCAAGAGUAAGCUGGAGCGACUCGCGCCCAAGACUGACAAGGAAGUCGAACAAACCGUAGUACAAAUGAAGGAACAGCUAGGGAAAGAGAAAGAGAAAAAGGUGCAAAGAUUGAAGUUCAAAAACACAUCGAUAGCGAGCGAAGUGUUCCGGAUACGAAGAGAUAAGAUUGUUUGAAAUAGACCCUGUAAAUAGUUUGUUAUUGCUGUAUUAUAUUUUAGGAGACCGCCUUACAAA